AUGGGAUUACAAUGCCACGGUCCCAUUUGGGUCAUCGAUGACCUUACACCCUGUUUCCAACGCAACUACCUUCAAAUUUUCUUUCCGCUUAUUACCUGCGGUCUCUCCCUUCUUCUAAUUGCUUUUGGCAUCGGUUAUCCUCGACUCGCGGAAUGGCGACGCUCCGCAUACCGGCCUCUAGUCAAUGACAACACCGACGACGAAACCGAGGAAGAAGAAGAUGUCACCGAUCUCGUCUUACACAAAUCUGCCAGUCGCAUCUCGCACGGCGAUUUCGAGGUUAACCGCGCCCCGGGACAGCUGCUCAUUGUCAUCACCGAGCUUAUUGGGUUGCUGAUUGAAAUUGGUGUCUCUAUCACUGUGCUCGUCACUCAGGCUUGGGGACACAAUGGCAAUGUAGCUGCCGCCGCAAAGCUAGUAUCGUGGGCUUAUAUAUUUGCCCUGGUCGUCGCCCGUUUUGUGCUAUCUGCUCUGGACAAACAAACCAAGCCACGACUGUGGAAUCACACCACCUCCUUGUACGGCAUCCAAUGGCUCUUGGUUAUCUUUGUAUUCCGUUCCGAGGUCAUCCACCCGCAUUCAAGACACGCCCUCGUCCUCUCCUCCGUCGAGUUCGCCGUCUCGACCGUCUUGGUUUUUCUGUCCAUCACCACUAGAAGGGGCAACAAGAGUGUCUUGCUUCAGCGCGAAGAUGACCUCGAGCCACCACACCAGCCAUACGCUAGUCUGUUGUCGCUAAUCACUUUCUCCUGGCUGGACCCCCUCAUCCGACAGGGAUAUUACCAACCCUUGGAGCUGGAAGAUGUAUGGAACUUGACCGUGUCGCGCCAUGCCAGUACCAUUUUGAACCAGUUCCGCCAGCAGUACAAAAACUACAAGCUGCUCUGGAAGCUGCUGCGCUAUUUCGACAAAGACCUCAUGACCCAGGCCGCUUGGACCGUCUUUUCAAACUUGUUCACCUUCAUCCCGACUUUGUUGCUGAAGGCCAUCCUCGAGUAUGUCGAAGACCCGCGAUCGACACCAGCAAAUGCCGCCUGGCUUUAUGCUAUUUUAUUGUUUGUGUCGGGCGCCAUGCAAGGUAUAGCCGAUGGCCAGGCGCUCUGGAUUGGUCGAAACAACAUCGGUCUCAAAUUACGUGCCAUCGUCAUUGGUGAAAUCUAUUCCAAGGCAAUGCGACGCAAAGCCGGCGCGACUACCGAGGCCAAGGAAGAGGACGAAGAAGUCUCCAAGAAGAAAAAGAAAAAGUCCGACAAGGAGGAGGAGAACCCGGCCCAGAUGGCGAGGCUUGGUACCAUUAUUAACUUGAUGGCAAUCGACUCAUUCAAGGUCAGCGAGGUUUCUGCCUAUCUUCAUUUCCUAUUGGCUAGUGUGCCAACCCAAGUGAUUAUCGCCAUUGUUUUGCUGUAUCGCGUUCUUGGUUUCAGCUCCUUCGCCGGGAUUGCCCUGAUGGUUUUGAUUCUGCCCGUCAAUCUCUUCAUCGCGCGCAGCUUCCGCCACAUCCAAAACGAAAUCCUUGCUAAGACCGAUGCUCGCAUCCACUCAACCAACGAGGUCUUGCAGAAUAUCCGAAUCAUUAAAUAUUUUGCGUGGGAACGUCGGUUUAAGGAAAUUGUUAAUGAGAAACGACAAGAAGAACUCAAGGCUUUACGGCACAGAUACAUUUUGUGGUCAUGUGCCGCCACGGUAUGGUACGGGACCCCGAUUCUCAUCACCUUCACGACAUUCCUACUCUACACAGUGGUUGAGAAGAAGCCGUUAGCUCCGUCCAUCGCCUUCCCAGCCUUGUCCAUGUUUUCUCUCCUCCGUGUUCCACUGGACCAACUGGCAGACAUGAUUGCCCACGUUCAGGAAGCCCAAGUAUCAAUUGAACGUGUGGAAAAAUUCUUGGGCGAGGAAGAAACGCAAAAGUACAGCCAGCUACGUAACCACCACCCCGAGGAGCCUCCUAAGAUUGCCCUCGAAAAUGCCACCUUGACAUGGGGCUCCAAGUCUAGCAGAGACACUCAAGACGCCAGUGGAGAUGCGUUCCAACUCAUCAAUAUGAACGUUUCGUUCAAGCUCGGUGCCUUGAAUAUCAUCGCCGGCCCCACCGGGUCCGGGAAGACUUCACUUUUGAUGGCUCUUUUGGGUGAAAUGAGACUCCUGACAGGUCAUGUCCAUCUUCCUGGAGUGACAACAAACCGUGCCGAGUUGCCUGUGGACCCGGAAACCCUACUGACCGAGAGCAUUGCGUACUGUGCUCAAGAAGCAUGGCUUGUUAACGACACAAUCAAAGAGAACAUUGUCUUCGCCUCACCCUUUGAUAAGCAGCGUUACAAUGCAGUCAUACAAGCCUGUGCUCUCGAACGCGACUUUACCAUCUUAGAAGCCGGAGACGAGACCCUAGUUGGUGAAAAAGGUAUCAGUCUUUCCGGUGGUCAAAAGCAACGCAUCUCCCUUGCACGCGCAAUGUACAGCAGUGCUCGUCAUUUGUUGCUAGAUGACUGUCUCAGCGCGGUUGAUUCCCACACCGCGAAGCACAUUUUUCACGAGGCUAUUAGAGGCUCUCUUAUGGCACACCGGACUUGCAUCCUUGUUACCCACAACGUUGCUCUCACUGUUCCCGAAGCCGACUACGUUGUUGUUAUGGAUAAUGGAAAGAUUUCGACCCUAGGAACUUCCGACAAGGUUGCAGCAUCUGGAGCCCUUGGAAAAGAGCUUCUGGAAUCGCGUCCAACGUCACGAGCAGGCUCAAAGGCCCCAUCUCGAGUUUCAUCCGAUCUAGAAGAACAGGUGGAACGUGUCAAUGGAGACUCUAAUGGAACCACAAACGGAGCUGCUAAAGCAGUUCCUGGUGCCCAAGCUUCUGAAGGUAAAAAAUCCGGACAAACUCACAAGGAGUCCAAGGCUACUGGGAGUGUUAAGUGGUCAACCAUCAAAAUGUACCUGGUUGCCAUGGGCCCCUGGUAUUAUUGGAUUGCCGGUGUUGGCGUCUUCGUGGCGCAACAGAUUGGUAAUGCUGCAACCAACGUGUGGAUUCGCCAGUGGGCAAAUGCAUACAAUGUUCAACAAGACAAGCCUGCAGAUGUUGAUAGCUAUGGAAUCAUGUCCGAUCUCAAGGCACCGUCUUUCGUUGCAGGCAGUGUGCCGCGCAUGAGUUCUUGGGGUGGUGUUCAAUUAAACCCGUUCAGAAGUUCUGAGACAGGAAGUCAAGUGGACGUUAAUUAUUACCUCGGUGUAUAUGCAUUACUCGGUACCGUCUAUGUUCUCGUUUCGUUGAUCCGAGAAUUGGUUCUAUUCUGGGGAUCUCUCCACGCUUCAUGGGAGAUGCACGAGAAGCUACUGACAGCUGUGCUCUACGCCAAAUUCAAGUUUUUUGACUCCACUCCUCUUGGUCAACUGAUGAACAGGUUUUCCAAGGAUGUCGAAGCUGUUGACCAGGAGGUUGCGCCCGUCACCAUUGGUAUGCUUCACAGCCUUGCGUCAGUCAUCAUGAUUGUAGGCAUUGUUUCCUACAUCACGCCGGGUUUCUUGAUCGCUGCUGUGAUCAUCACUUUGACGUUUUCUGCUAUUGGAGCUUUCUAUCUCAACGCCUCAAGAGACCUGAAACGGCUUGAGUCGGUGCAACGUAGUCCCCUGUACCAGCAAUUCGGCGAGACCUUGACUGGAAUCGUCACCAUUCGAGCAUACGGUGAUCCUGAGCGAUUUAUAAUCGACAACCACCGUCGCAUCGACUCGUACAACCGGCCACACAUCUAUCUUUGGGCUGCUAACCGCUGGCUGGCCUUCCGGGCGGAUAUGAUCGGUGCCCUUGUUGCAUUCCUUUCUGCCGCCUUUGUCUUGUUGAAUAUCGGCACCGUCGAUGCUGGUGCUGCUGGUCUAUCUCUGACGUAUGCUGUUACUUUUACAGAAAACGUUCUAUGGCUGGUGCGGUUGUAUGCGGAAGCUCAGACGAACAUGAACUCAGUUGAGCGAGUUCGCGAGUAUCUAGAGGUUGAACAGGAGGCCGAGAAAGUCAUUGAAGAUCGUCGACCACCUUCUGGUUGGCCGGCCAAGGGCGCUGUAGAUUUUGUUGAUUACUCUACUCGAUACCGAUCCGACUUGGACUGUGUUCUAAAAGAUGUCUCAUUCUCUGUCAAUCCUGGAGAGAAGGUUGGUAUCGUUGGGCGAACUGGUGCCGGGAAAAGUUCACUUGCUCUUGCUCUCUUCCGAGGCUUGGAAGCUGAAACAGGGACAAUUAAGAUCGAUGGAAUCGAUAUCGGUACCAUCGGCUUACAAGAUCUGCGUGAGAGCAUCACCAUUGUCCCCCAGGACCCAACGCUUUUCUCCGGAACUAUCCGAAACAACCUAGAUCCUUUUGAUCUAUUUAGUGACGAGCAGAUCUUCGUUGCAUUGCGACGCGUUCAUCUGAUCGGCCAGGACACUUCCGGACUUGCAACUCCGGCAAGCCCAAGCAACCGUUCACUCGAAAAUGUCCCCGCAGCAGCAGGUCCAGUAGUCCAAGAGAACAAGAACAUAUUCCGCAACCUGGAAUCCCCCGUUGCCGAGUCUGGCUCGAAUUUGUCACAGGGACAACGCCAGCUUUUGUGUCUGGCUAGAGCGCUACUUAAGAACCCCCGAGUUCUCAUGAUGGACGAAGCGACUGCUUCCAUUGACUACGCUACCGAUGCCAAGAUUCAAGAGACUCUGCGUGAAUUGGAAGACAGCACCAUUAUCACCAUCGCUCACCGACUGCAAACCAUCAUUGACUAUGACAAGGUCUUGGUCCUGGAUCACGGUAAAGUCAUCGAAUUCGACCACCCGUGGACUUUGAUCAACAAGGAAAACGGCAGUUUCCGAGGAAUGUGUAUGAACAGUGGCAACACCGAAGUUCUCUUUGAGGGGGCUAAGAAGGCAUGGGAAAGCAAGAGACUUGUCGAGACUGACUGA